GGGGGGGGGGUCCCAGCACGGCGCGGGGCUGGUUGGCAAGGGUCGGCACCUCCUGGCCCCCCUUGCGGGUCCAUGGCGCGCCCGAGCCGGCCUCCGCGCGCCCCCGGCCAGUGUGCCCAUCCCCGGGCGUCCUCCCAGCCCGGCCUCGACUGUGGCUGGGUCUGCGGGCCUUUGUGCCUAGGAACUCGUUUGCUGAGUCACUCGCUGCACUUUCACCGGGGCAGCUGGUUGACCUCGAAUCUAUGGCAUUAAAAAUGCUUCUUGGGCCCUGCUGUGUAGGGGACAGGGCGCAUUCGAGGUCUGCGGGGAGGAGCCCCCAGGGAGGCCGAGCCGAAGAAUAGUGACUCGGUGUGCCUGCAGGACACAGAAGCGGGGAGCUCCCCGGCCAGUCCCAGGACCCACUUGAGCUGGCUCUCUGUGGAGCCGGCUUGCGGAGAGGAGGGUGAAGCACUGCGGAAAGUGGGGUCCAAGUCUGAACUUUAUUCUCUGUUCUGGAGGACACAUGCCGGCGGCAGGACUUCAACCCCAGCGAAUACGAUCUGAAGUUUCAGAGGAACGUGCUUGACCUCACUCUCCAGUGGAGAUUUGCCAAUCUGCCCAAUAAUGCCAAGCUGGAGAUGGUGCCCAUCUCCCGGAGCCGCGAGGGGCCCGAGAAUAUGGUUCGCAUUGCUCUGCAGCUGGAUGAUGGCUCUCGGUUGCAGGGGACUUUCUGUUCAGGCCAGACACUCUGGGAGCUUCUCAGCCAUUUUGCACAGACCAGAGAGUGCCUGGAGCGGCCGUGUGAGGCAAGUCCAGUCUGUGUGUACAUGAGGGAUGAGGUGACCGGCAGAGCUGCCUUGCAGGGCACGACGCUGCAGUCUCUGGGCCUCACGGGGGGCAGCGCCAUCAUCAGGUUUGCCAUGAAGCAACGAGACUCUGCCGGCAAGCCGGAGCCUGGGGGGUUGAAGAGUGAAAGGCCGGCAAGCCUGGCCCCCUCCGCACCAGCUGACCAGGCAGCUGGCAGCCCUCUGCUUCCGUCGAGCUCAGCAGGGCUCAGCCGCGGCGACGGGAGCCGUCAGGAUGAGACAGGCCCCUCAGAGGCUGGCCACGUGGAUAGCCUGGGCCCAAAGCCGGUGGAUGCUCAGGCGAAGCCGAUCUUAAAGGAGCCUGCACCUGCCCCCUUCGUUCCAUUCUCAGGUGGAGGACAACGACUGGGGGGCCCGUCUGGGUCUUCGAGGACUCUGAUGUCACCUUCAGCCAAAUUGCCAAAGUCCUUCUCUAGCCCUGGAGGCCCCUCCAAGCCAAAGAAGUUGAGGCCUGGCCAGGAGCCCCAGCCGGAGCCGGAGCCGGAGCCGGAGCCGCCAAUGGACCGAGACCCCGUGGUGUGCCAUCCUGACCUGGAAGAGCUGCUCCAGGCCUGGCCUGCAGAGCUGCCUGACGAGUUCUUCGAGGUGACUGUGGACGACGUGAGAAGACGCCUGGCCCAGCUGAAGAGUGAGCGGAAGCGCCUGGAAGAAGCCCCCCUAGUGACCAAGGCCUUCAGGGAGGCUCAGAUGAAGGAGAAACUGGAGCGAUACCCAAAGGUGGUCCUGAGGGUCCUGUUCCCUGACCGCUAUAUCCUGCAGGGCUUCUUCCGGCCCAGUGAGACAGUGGGGGAUCUGCGGGACUUUGUGAGGAGCCACCUGGGGAACCCCGAGCUGCCGUUCCACCUAUGUGAGUGCUUCUCCAGGACCUGCUCAUGCUCAGUCAUCGCUCCUCCAAAAACCAUCCUGGACGACCACACGAUGACCCUCUUUCAGGCAAACCUCUUUCCUGCUGCCCUUGUGCACUUUGGAGCCGAGGUGCCGACAGGCCUCUACUUGGAGCCCAGGCUGUUGGAACACACCAUAUCCCCAUCUGCGGCUGACGUGCUGGUGGCCAAGUGCAUGUCCAGGGCCCCCGGGACCCCGCCCCCGCUGCCAGCCCCUGACCCUGCACCCCUUGAGUCGAAGCCAGCUGCUGAGGAGCAGGCAGUGGGGCCCCCUGAGCUGAGCCCCGGGACAGCCCAGCCUGUGAGGAGGGAUCUGGGCAAGGUGCCUAAGUGGCUGAAGCUGCCAGCCGGCAAGAGGUGAGAGCCGCCAGCCCGGAGGUGCCCGCUUUGCUGGCCGCUGGACCCCUCCCCACCCUGAGCAGGAAUAAAGGCUCUAGCUUCUUUCCCAAACCCUC